AUGAGAAUUAAUAAUCAAUUAAAAAGACUAUUCUCAACUACAUCUGUACGAAGCAGAGGACAAAAUUUAACUGAAAAAAUUGUACAAAAAUAUGCACAAGAUUUACCAAAUGGUAAAAAAGUAUAUAGUGGAGAUUAUGUAACAAUAAAACCAGCUCAUUGUAUGUCUCAUGAUAAUUCAUGGCCAGUAGCUACAAAAUUUAUGGGUUUAGGAGCUACAAAGGUAAAAGAUAAUAGACAAAUUGUAUGUACUUUAGAUCAUGAUGUUCAAAAUAAAAGUGAAAAAAAUUUAACUAAAUAUUCAAAUAUUGAAAAUUUUGCUAAUGAACAAGGUAUUGAUUUUUAUCCAGCUGGUAGAGGGAUAGGUCAUCAAAUUAUGAUUGAAGAAGGUUAUGCAUUUCCUUUAAAUUUAACUGUUGCUUCGGAUUCUCAUUCAAAUACUUAUGGAGGUAUUGGUUCUUUAGGUACACCAAUUGUUAGAACUGAUGCUGCAUCAAUAUGGGCUACUGGUCAAACUUGGUGGCAAAUUCCACCCGUUGCUAAAGUUGAACUUGUUGGAGAUUUACCAAGAGGAGUUACAGGUAAAGAUAUUAUAGUUACAUUAUGUGGUAUUUUCAAUAAAGAUGAAGUAUUAAAUCAUGCUAUUGAAUUUGUUGGUUCUGGAGUUUCAAAAUUAAGUAUUGAUUAUAGAUUAACUAUUGCUAAUAUGACUACUGAAUGGGGGGCAUUAAGUGGAUUAUUUCCAAUUGAUGAUAAAUUAAUUGAAUUUUAUCAAAAUAGAUUAAAUAAAGUUGGUUCUUCACAUCCAAGAAUUAAUACAAAAACAAUAGAAUCUUUAACAAAAAACAAAGAAAUUGGAGAUUCAGAUGCAAUAUAUGCUAAACAUUUAACUAUAGAUUUAUCUACUUUAUCACCAUACGUAUCUGGUCCAAAUUCAGUCAAAAUUUCAAACCCACUUAGUAAAUUAUCUAAUGAAAAUAUUCCAAUUAAUAAAGCAUAUUUAGUAAGUUGUACAAACUCAAGAUUGUCAGAUAUUAAAGCAGCUGCUAAUAUCCUCAAGGGUCAUAAAAUCCAUCCAAAUGUUGAAUUUUAUGUAGCAGCAGCAUCAUCAUUAGUUCAAAAAGAUGCAGAAAUAGAUGGUGCUUGGCAAACAAUAUUGGAUUCAGGAGCAAAACCAUUACCUGCUGGUUGUGGACCAUGUAUUGGAUUAGGUUCAGGAUUAUUAAAAGAUGGAGAAGUUGGUAUUAGCGCAACUAAUAGAAAUUUUAAAGGUAGAAUGGGAUCAAAAGAUGCUUUAGCUUAUUUAGCAUCACCUGAAGUUGUUGCUGCUUCUGCUAUUUUGGGGAAAAUUGGAUCACCUGAAGAAAUUGAAGGUAAAAUUCCAAAAUCAGCUGAAGAAAUUGUUAAAAAUAUUGAAAUUCCGAAACAAGAACUUUCAAGUAAUGAAGAUUCAGGAUCAGUUGAAAUUUUACCUGGUUUCCCCACAGAAAUCACUGGAGAAUUAUUAUUAUGUGAUGCAGAUAAUAUAAAUACAGAUGGAAUUUAUCCAGGUAAAUAUACUUAUCAAGAUGAUAUAACAAAACAACAAAUGUCAGAAGUAUGUAUGGAAAAUUAUGAUCCAAAUUUCAAAAAUAUUUCAAAACCAAAUGAUAUAAUAAUAAGUGGAUAUAAUUUUGGUACUGGAUCAUCAAGAGAACAAGCAGCUACUUGUAUAUUAGCUCGUGGAAUGAAAUUAAUAGUUGCAGGAUCAUUUGGUAAUAUUUUUAGUCGUAAUUCUAUAAAUAAUGCCUUGUUGACUUUAGAAAUUCCUGAACUUAUUGAAAAACUUAGAAUUAAAUUUGCAAAUAAUAACGAAUUAACUAUACGUACUGGUUGGAUUUUAAAAUGGGAUGUAACUAAAGCUUUAGUUAUUGUUGUUGAUGAAAAUGGAAAAGAAAUACUUAAACAAAAAGUUGGUGAAUUGGGGACUAAUUUACAAGAUAUUAUUGUUAAAGGUGGAUUAGAAGGUUGGGUUAAAUCUGAAUUAACUAAAUAG